ACAUGGUAUACUUCCAUGCCACAACAGGUGCAAUGGGUUUCCCCACCCCCUCUCGUAUGCAUCAUCCACAUGGAGCAAGUACAAGAGUCGACUCCCUAUCCCCACCACAUAACACACCAUAUUCGGCGUCCUCCACCCCCACCGUCUUUCCCCGCACCACCCAAGCCUUGGGGACAAGCAGAUCCGACUGAAAGUGUAUACGUCACUCGGCCCUUCUCACACCACACAUACAUACCGCUAUCAUACGAUUUCCUCUUCCAGUUUGCCGAAAUUCGCCGACCUUUCCCUUCGUUGGCCGAUCCUUCGUGGGGUCGUGGUAAUCUGAUGCACGCAAUAUGUAUUCAUGUACGCUGUUGUUUCCGUUCACAGUGCGUUGUGCAGGAGCCUGGAGUGUCGGGUGAGAUAGGCCUUCGCGUGGAGAGAGGACGAUAAGGAGUUGGUUGCCGUUGUUUGCCGGGCUGCUGUUUACGCCAUGUGAUCAUUGUGAUUAAGAAGCUGGAUACCAUGCGAGACAUGUAAUGACUGCAUACAUAUGUGAUGAAUCCUCCGGUUAAUAAGAGUAUAUCAGAAGUGGAAGACGGGGUAGAGAACUGCAAAGAUUUGCGUUUGUAUGGGAACGAGGGCGUCCAACUAUGGGUGCUUGCAACUAGAUGUUAUCUCCGAUCCCCAUGCCUGCUCUCACGAACAAAGACGCAUACUCCAACAACUCCAAAUCCUGCUCCCACCCUCAUCGCAUUACCCCAACCUUCCAGAACUCCACACCCACCGCCCUACUCCAUCACCCAAACUCCCACUGACACUUUAAUUCAUCCUCGCCUGAACUCGCCCGAUCCCAUCCCUUUUUCUGCGCAGUUUCGCCGUGCCGGUGGUUUUGAAUUGGACGUUCGGCAUGGGCUGAGCGAAGUAUAUAUAGUCGUAGCCCUCAUUGUUGGCACUCAUUCAGCGGCAUACCAUCUCUUCCCCUGUCAUACAUUCGUUCACUUACUCACUCAACACGAAAAUAACCACAAGCAACAAGGAAACUAAGCAAUACGAUCCCACGUGUGAUGCAUAUAGGUCGGUCUAUGUACAGCUGACUUAUCAAUACACGCUUCUGACACUUCCAUCC